AUGAUCGCCAUCGGAAUGGAAGGUUCCGCCAACAAGGUGGCAUCAUCCUACACCCCACAGAUGGUCCUCGCGAAUGUUCGACACACCUACAAUGCCCCACCUGGUGAGGGCUUCCUACCUAAGGAUACGGUUGUCAAGAUGGUGAAGGCAGCUCUUCAAGAGGCAUCCUUGUCACCGCAAGAUGUGGACUGUAUCUGCUUCACUAAAGGCCCUGGGAUGGGUGCCCCGCUGCAGAGCAUAGCUAUUGCCGCACGGAUGAUGAGUCUGCUUUGGGACAAGCCAUUGAUUGCAGUGAAUCACUGUGUUGGACUCAAGGGAAUGGACUGUUCAUUCUCUGGAACCCUAGGUACGAUUGAUGCGCUAGCUGUGUCUCUUGGGUUGAAUAAAGCAGAGCAAACCGAUCAGAAUCCUGGUGAUCAACCUACUUGGGCUGAUCUCUACUUCUCUCUACAGGAGACGGUGUACGCGAUCCUGGUUGAGAUCACCGAGCGUGCAAUGGCGCAUAUCGGCUCUAAGUAG